AUGUUGACUUACCGUAUACGGUACUAUGGUUUACCCACAUUAAGGGAGUACUCGCUGCCUCCGAGGGAGGGGGGUAGCGGGUUCGGCGACCUGGUGUACGCCACGGUCCCUCUGGGCUCCGUUGCGACGAAGGUCGCCCGGGACUGGCUCGCCAACGAGCUCUCCGAGCCGUCCCGGCGCGGCAAAAUUGAUGCGGCCUGCAGGGACCGAAAGAUCGCCGACCUGAUCACGGCUGCCGGCGCCUCGGCGCCGGCCGACGCCGUGUUCGGCGGCAGGUUCGCGACGGGCGAGACGCCCCGCCUGACGACCUCCGCCUCCGAGGCGGACAAGGGCGACGGCGUCGGCGGCGAUGGCGGGACCGGCGUCCACUUUGACCUUUUCGAGCCGGACCCCACCCCCAUGGAGGACCUCUGA